GGCGGCGGCGGCGGCGGCGGGCCGAGGCGGAAGCGAGAGGCGCGGAGGAGCCGCCGGCACAGGCAGCGGCGCUGAGAUUCAUAGGACUCCAGAACCUUCAAGCUGUGGUUAAUAAGAUGGUUCCUGAAAUGACUGGGACAGACACUUUGCAUGCCAGUUGAAGAGUGUUUCAAACUUUUUCAAUACACAAUUUUACAAGAAGAUAGAUUCAUUCCCUAUGCACAGUUGAAGAGGUUUGCAACUGAUGAAAAUAAACUUAAAAACCAGAUGGAACAACUUGCCACCACUGGGCUCAGGAGCCCUAGAAGAAAAAUACAUCACUAAUGACCAAUUUUCCAUAUGGUCUUCAUGGGUAAAGAAAGUUUGCAAAAAGAAGAAAAAAAAAAUUGCGUAGAUCAAGCCUCAUACAUACCUCUCCAGCUUAAAGACGGAAUUUAGAAGGUGACAGAGAAGUGUGAUUUUGAGCACUGCUUGUGGGGGAUCAUGCAGCGUUUUUGCACUUUAUUUUUCAGUGGGAUUGGUGAUUCAGACAUUGUAAACUACUGAAAAGGCACUCUCACCCUGUGAUUCAGACUGGAGGAGAGUGGUAUGAUGGGACUUGUUUGAACAGUGAACUUAUUUCUUUGCCUUUUUCACUUAACUAUUCAAGAACUUUAAAUUUAUUAUUUCUCUUUUCUUUUUCUGUAUCUGUAGAUUAAAAUCUGAAAGUGGCAGUUUUAACGGAUAGUUUACAAAAUAAAAAUCCUGGAGAAGCCAAGCAAAGCAGCUUUUCCUAGGUCCAUAGGGGUGAUUGGAAACAGUCUUUGAGUGUGAAAAGGAAAGCACCCAUGAGUCAGAUCUAAUUCUUCCCUGCCAAUGGGGCAAAAUUCAACUCUGGCCUCUUACAUUUUCAUUUUAAAGGAUUCUUUUCCUUGUUGAGUCCAAGAAAACUUGCAUAUAAGAGGAAGGUUACUUAAUUAACUUACUUAAAUGAGAUUAAUUUUGUCCUUGAAGUUGGAAAACAUAGGUGAUUAUUAGGAACAGGAAGGGAAGAAGUGACUAGGAAGAAAGAAGACAAGUAGAAUCUUACAGUGUGAUUUUAUUUGUCAGCAAGAAGAUUUAGGGUUCACCUCAGGCAAACACUGGUACCAAUUUCAAUUCUUUAGAACAUUUGGCUCUGUUUAGCAAAGGGGCUUUUUCUUUGCUUCUAUGGCAUUAAUGGUUCCUAGAGCCUGUGGAAGGACAGUCAGAAGGGGGCCUGCUUCUCUCUGAGGACAAGGCAACCUGCUAGGAAACCAGAUUGGACUCUGAUGGGGAAAGUUUCUGGUUUUGAAGGGUGGGGACGUCUUUGUUUUUCUUCCUAAAAUUUGACUGCUGUUUGCACAAACUCUUGUCUCUCUUGCACAGUUUGUGUGCCUUUUUCUCUUUAUGCAAUCUUUCUCAGCUUUAGCAGUAGAGAUUGGUCUAGUUGAGAAAACAUGCCAGAGGGUAACUUCUGAGGGAAGAUGUUCCUGUGUAUAUGUCUCAAUUUCUAAACUUUUGAAGAGUAAUAUCCAGCUUGAGGGAGUCUUAAAGCCUUAAGUUACUUGAAAUCUAUAUAUUUGCAACCCUUUGUCUCUGGAAUCAUAUCAACUAAACUGGAAUCUCAGGCUGAAUGAGAAUAACCAAGCUGAAUAAGCAGAAGGCGGCUUUUUUGAUGGACACUAACAAUGCUCUUUUUCCAAAGGGUUAGCCCAUUCUUCCUCUAAGGACUUGAAAAUAAAAAUGGACCCCACCUUUUUUUUUUUUUAAAGCAUUACCUUUUCUUAGCUGCUUGCCAUCAUCUUUUAUAGAGGAAUUUUUUCACUAUGCAUUUGGUGAAUCUUUAUAAAAUCCUGACCUAAUUAAAAUAGUGUCAGUCUUAAAAUCAAAGUGGAUUGGGGUGCAGGAGGACGCAAGCCAACAGCAAAAAAAAGAUCUACCAAUGAGAGAAAUUGGUUUAAACUUUUCAACAUUCAACAUUACUCUAUAAGUCAAACAUUUCAUCUGGGAAAAGUAUGUAUGCAGCUGUGGAACAUGGGCCAGUCCUUUGUAGCGACUCUAACAUCCUUUGCCUCUCCUGGAAGGGGCGCGUGCCCAAGAGCGAAAAGGAGAAGCCAGUAUGCCGGAGGCGCUACUAUGAGGAGGGCUGGCUGGCUACAGGCAAUGGUCGAGGAGUUGUGGGAGUGACUUUCACCUCCAGUCACUGCCGCAGGGACAGGAACACACCACAGAGAAUCAACUUCAACCUUCGGGGCCAUAAUAGUGAGGUUGUGCUGGUGAGGUGGAAUGAGCCAUACCAGAAGCUAGCCACAUGUGACGCAGAUGGAGGCAUAUUCGUGUGGAUUCAGUAUGAAGGACGGUGGUCUGUAGAGCUGGUCAAUGACCGUGGGGCUCAGGUGAGUGAUUUCACGUGGAGCCAUGAUGGGACUCAAGCACUGAUUUCCUACCGAGAUGGCUUUGUCCUGGUUGGUUCUGUUAGUGGACAGAGACACUGGUCAUCAGAGAUCAACUUGGAAAGUCAGAUUACAUGUGGCAUCUGGACACCUGAUGACCAGCAGGUGCUGUUCGGCACGGCAGAUGGCCAGGUGAUCGUCAUGGACUGCCACGGCAGGAUGCUGGCCCAUGUGCUACUGCACGAAUCGGAUGGCAUCCUCAGCAUGUCCUGGAACUACCCCGCCUUCCUGGUGGAGGAUAGUAGUGAGAGCGACACUGACUCUGAUGACUACUCACCCCCCCAAGAUGGUCCGGCAGCAUACCCCAUCCCAGUGCAGAACAUCAAGCCACUGCUCACCGUCAGCUUCACCUCAGGAGAUAUCAGCCUAAUGAGCAACUACGACGAUUUGUCUCCUACUGUCAUCCGCUCAGGGCUGAAAGAGGUAGUGGCCCAGUGGUGCACACAAGGGGAUCUCCUGGCAGUUGCUGGUAUGGAAAAGCAAACCCAGCUUGGUGACCUUCCCAAUGGUCCUCUUCUGAAGAGUGCCAUGGUCAAGUUCUACAAUGUUCGCGGCGAACACAUCUUCACUUUGGACACACUCGUUCAACGCCCCAUCAUCUCCAUCUGCUGGGGACACCGGGACUCAAGGCUACUAAUGGCCUCGGGCCCAGCACUGUACGUGGUACGGGUAGAGCACCGGGUAUCCAGCCUACAGCUACUGUGUCAACAGGCCAUUGCCAGCACCCUGCGUGAGGACAAGGAUGUUAGCAAGCUGACACUGCCGCCCCGCCUUUGCUCCUACCUCUCCACAGCCUUCAUCCCCACCAUCAAGCCCCCAAUCCCAGACCCCAACAACAUGCGGGACUUUGUCAGCUACCCCUCAGCGGGCAACGAGCGUCUGCACUGCACCAUGAAGCGCACUGAGGAUGACCCCGAGGUGGGCGGCCCAUGCUACACGCUCUACCUGGAGUACCUCGGCGGACUUGUGCCUAUCCUCAAGGGGCGGCGCAUCAGCAAGCUGCGGCCCGAGUUCGUCAUCAUGGACCCCCGGACAGACAGCAAGUCAGCAGAUGAAAUCUAUGGAAACAGCUUGAUUUCCACGGUGAUCGACAGCUGCAACUGCUCUGACUCCAGCGACAUUGAGCUGAGUGAUGACUGGGCUGCCAAGAAGUCUCCCAAAAUCUCCCGUGCAAGCAAGUCCCCCAAACUCCCAAGGAUCAACAUUGAGGCUCGGAAGUCUCCCAAGCUGUCGCGGGCGGCUCAGGAGAUGUCCCGAUCCCCUCGGCUGCCCAUGCGAAAGCCCUCCAUUGGCUCGCCCAGCCUGGCUCGAAGGGAAUUUCCCUAUGAAGACAUCUCUCAGCACAACUAUCUUGCUCAGGUCACGUCUAAUAUCUGGGGAACCAAAUUUAAGAUUGUGGGCUUGGCUGCUUUCCUGCCAACCAACCUCGGUGCAGUAAUCUACAAAACCAGCCUCCUGCAUCUCCAGCCACGCCAGAUGACCAUCUAUCUCCCAGAGGUGCGCAAGAUUGCCAUGGACUAUGUGAACUUACCUGUCUUCAACCCAAAUGUUUUCAGUGAAGAUGAAGACGAUUUACCAGUGACGGGAGCGCCCGGCGUGCCCGAGAACAACCCGCCGUGUACGGUGAACAUCCCUAUCGCCCCCAUCCACAGCUCGGCCCAGGCCAUGUCCCCCACGCAGAGCAUCGGGCUGGUGCAGUCCCUGCUCGCCAAUCAGAACGUGCAGCUGGACGUCCUGACCAAUCAGACCACGGCCGUGGGCAGCAUGGAGCACGCCGAGAGCGCCGCGCCCUACCCGCUGCCCAACCGUUACUCCAGCCCCGGCCAGGUCAUCUUCGGCGGCGGCAUGGAGAUGGGUCGCCUGGGCCCCAGCGCGCCGCCGCCGCCGCCGCCGCUGGCCCUGCCGCCACCCGCCCCCAGCAGCCUGCCGCUCCCAGUGAGUGACUCCGGAGAGCGAGAGCGCGACCGCGAGCACCUGCAGAAGCCGCCCAAGGCCCUGCGGCCGCUGCCCCCGCUGGCCACUGACGGGGAUGCCUCCCUGGUCUUCGGCCCCGCCCAGGAGGUCCCGGCGGCCAAGAUGAACCCUCCACCCCCUUACCCCGGGACCAUCCCAGCGGCGCCCACCACGGCUGCGCCGCCGCCCCCGCUGCCGCCCCCGCAGCCCCCGGUGGACGUGUGUCUGAAGAAGGGCGACUUCUCCCUCUACCCGGUGGCGGCGCAUUACCAGCCCCCGCUGGGCUACGAGCGCAUCACCACCUUUGACAGCAGCGGCAACGUGGAGGAGGUGUGCCGGCCGCGGACACGGGUGCUUUGCGCCCAGGGCGCCUACAGCCUGCAGGGCCCCGGCAGCUCCGCCACGCUCAGGCUCACGGCCACCGAGAAGAAGGUCCCCCAGCCCUGCACCAGUGCCACGCUCAACCGCCUGACUGUCCCUCGCUACUCCAUCCCCACCGGGGACCCGCCUCCGUACCCGGAGAUUGCGGGCCGGGUGCCCAGACCCGAUAGCAGCCUCAUCCACGCCACCCUGCGCCGUAACAACCGCGAGGUGGCACUCAAGGCGGCCCAACUGACCGAGCCCCCGCGGGCACCCCUGUCGCACCCCCCCAAGCCCAAGGGCUCUGCGCCUUUCCCAGCGCGGCCCCCGCCUGCCCUGUAUACCUGCAGCCAGUGUAGUGGCGGGGCGACCACCGGGAGGCCGGAGCCUGGCACGGGCAGCGGCUUGCCCUCCGGCUCCACACUGGCCCACGCUGCCAGCACCUCGCCCUUAACCUCCCAGUCCUCCUACAGCCUCCUGGGCCCGCCCGACGGCGCUCGUGACCGCGCCGACUACGUCAAUUCGGCCUUCACCGAGGACGAGGCGCUGGGCCAACACUGCCCGGUGGAAAAACCCCUGCGGCACCCCGCGGUACCUGAGGCAGCUGUGGCGGUGAAAAGGCCGCCUCCUUACCAGUGGGACCCCGUGCUGGGGGAAGAUGUGUGGGUGCCCCAGGAGAGGACAGCACAGACGGUGGUGGCCAACCCCCUGAAGCUGCCCCCGCUGGUGGUAGGUCAGAGCCAGCACCUGGACGUGGGGCGAGUGCCCUUCCUCUCCCCCAAGUCUCCCGCCAGUCCAACUGCCACCUUCCAGACAGGUUAUGGGAUGGGCAUGCCAUAUCCGGGAAACUAUAACAACCCCCCACUACCAGGAGUGCAGCCCCCCUGCUCGCCAAAAGAUGUCCUGUCCCCAGCACAGUUUGCACAGCAGGAGUCGGCAGUGGUCCUGCAGCCGGCCUACCCGCCCAGCCUCUCCUACUGCACCCUGCCCCCCAUGUACCCAGGAAGCAGCACGUGCUCCAGUUUGCAGCUGCCGCCUGUUGCCUUGCACCCCUGGAAUUCCUACAAUGCCUGCCCACCUGUGCAGAACCCCCAGGGCACGCUGCCCCCCAAGGCGCACUUGGUGGUGGAGAAGCCCCUGGUGUCCCCACCACCCACUGACCUGCAGAGCCACCUGGGUACAGAGGUGAUGGUCGAGACCGCUGACAACUUCCAAGAGGUCCUCUCCCUUACGGAGAGCCCAGUGCCACAGCGGACAGAGAAAUUCGGCAAGAAGAACAGGAAGCGCCUGGACAGCCGGGCCGAGGAGGGAAAUGUGCAGGCCAUUACUGAGGGCAAAGUGAAGAAAGAGGCUCGGGCCUUAAGUGACUUUAAUUCCCUCAUCUCCAGCCCUCGCCUGGGGAGAGAAAAGAAGAAGGUGAAGAAUCAGAAGGACCAACUCAAGUCCAAGAAGUUGAACAAAACCAACGAAUUCCAAGACAGUUCGGAGAGUGAGCCUGAGCUGUUUAUCAGUGGCGACGAGCUGAUGAACCAGAGCCAGGGCAGCAAGAAAGGCUGGAAGAGCAAGAGGAGCCUGCGGGCGGCCAGCGAGCUAGAGGAGUUCAAGUGCCGGAAGGCCAGCGAGAAGGAGGACGGGCGGCUGGGCAGCCAGGGUUUUGUGUACGUCAUGGCCAACAAGCAGCCCCUAUGGAAUGAGGCCACGCAAGUGUACCAGCUGGACUUUGGGGGACGGGUGACCCAGGAGUCGGCAAAGAACUUCCAGAUCGAGCUGGAGGGACGGCAGGUGAUGCAGUUUGGAAGGAUUGAUGGCAACGCCUACAUUCUAGACUUCCAGUACCCCUUCUCUGCUGUGCAGGCCUUUGCAGUGGCACUGGCCAACGUGACUCAGCGCCUCAAGUGAGAAGACUGUAUGCCAGGAGCAGCGGAUCCACGAGCCACCCCGAAAAGACCUGAUGGGAGAGGCGCUGCCUGCCCAUCCUGGGACCUCAACACAAACUGGAAAAAUCUCCUGCAUCCAGCAGAGGGCACUGACCUUUAUUCGUUGUUAUUUGUUUGGGCUUUUAUUCUCCGUUGUUGUCUUCUUUUUAAACAAAAACAUUACCACAGGAGAGGGAAUUCUCUGCUCGAGCUAGGGCAAGACCCUGGGUCUUUGAGGAAGUGGCUCCUGGCAACCUUGAGCGGAAGGAGAGAACCUGCCUUGGAGCCAACCCUGCCCCACCAGGGGUGCUCCAUGCCCCCCACCCCACCACCACAGCAUCUAGCUCUUAAGACUUCUCAACAAUGCCAGUUGUAGAGAAACAAAACCUUUUUUAAAUCAAACCCAAAUCCUGAAGAUAGUUUCUCUGGGGUACAAUGUUUAAUUUACUCACAAUGAGUUGUCCCCAAAAAGGGACUCAGUUGAUGAAGGAUAUUUGGGAAGUGCACUUUGGCUAGUCAGAUCAGCUUUUUGGCGGGGUGCUAUGACUAGGAGUUGAAG